AUGGCCAAAUUUGCACCUGUAAAAAUUCACACGUGCAUUCCCUCAAAAUUAGAAUCGGAGGGGCAGCUAAAAACCUCAACUGAUUCAACAGAGGAAUUUAACAUUGGAGUCUCAAAGAAUAUUGUGGUUACAAAACCUGCAAAAGUGGUUUUUGAUUUGGACCGAACUAUACAGGAUUCAAACCUAGAACAACUAUGGAAGGAAAAUCUUUUUGAAAGAGUAGAGGCAAGAACUCGGGCAAUGCAGCAGAAAAUAAUAGAUAAGGAUAACCUGAAGAAAGAACUAGAAAAGAAGGCUGAGAAAAAAAUCCCUAAGGAUAAUCUGGCCAAAGAGUGGUUUAAUAUUGAAAAUAUGACAGUAGAUGAUCGUGUAUAUUUGCUUGACAAACUUCUACCCACCUUAGUUCUUGGAGUGGAAAAAAUGUUAAUGCAAGUGGAAAAAAAGAAGUUUCUGACAGAAGUUGAUAUUCCAACUAAAUUUGAUCCAAUUAAUUAUCUGGGGGAAUACUUAAUGAGAAACAACCCUUAUUAUAUCAAAGGCUCAAGAAUGUCUGGUUAUCAGAGGGUGAUGAGAGAAGUCACAGAAGAUCUGAAGAUACAUGUUACCAACACUAUUAGCAACAGAGUAUCUAAGAUGAAGGAGAAGAUUAAAGAGAGGCAAGAACAAAGAGAAAACAUAAACAAUCUAAAAGUCAAGGUGGCCAACACACGGAAACAGGCUCUCCAGGAACAGUUCAAUGAAUGGAUUGUAGACCCCAAAGGAAUGAUUCCUUUGACAGUGAUUCAGAAUGUUCUUCAUGAAUUUUUUCAAAACCCAGAUUUCCAGUUUGAAUCAAGUUUCAAACCGUUGAAUAUUGCUGACUCAAUGGAACCAAGAUUGAACAAAGUGGAAUUUAUAGAAUACGUCUCUUCACAAAUUGCAGAUUUUAAAAGUGAAAUGUUUGAGGAAUUUCUUAAGCACCUUUGCCACUGUGCUGAUGAAUUCCGGGAGGUCAUAAAAAUGGAUAUGCAGAGGCAGAUGUUUGCUGAACUCUUCCUGCAUUGUGACUGUGGGAAGGUAGGGUUUUUGGAUCGGCAGAGGACAUUAGCCUUGCUGGAAACAUUCUAUGACCAAAGUUCAAAAAUGCUGAGAAGUUUACUCCGAAACCCAAGACAAUGGCCAUUGAUUGAAUUUGAAGAGAUAGACUUGCCUGAGUUCUGGGGAGACAUGGAUAAUCAAAAACACAUUUAUGAAGACUUUGACAAUGUGCUCUUAGAGAUGAAUACAUUACUGUCUGAAAAACAUGCUAGCAAAACCCAAAGUGAAUUAUUAAAGAAUUCAGAAGAUCGACAUGAACAUGAUAAACACAGAAAAUCAACACUAUCACCAAGUGUACCUGAACAGCAGCAAGGGACUAUUGCAGGACCAGAACCAAAUGAAAUUUUAACUGAAGAACAAGACACAGAGUCAAUGGGAGAACAAGAACUGCACAGAGAAUCAAUAACAGCACAAGGACAACACAAAGGGUCAACAAUGCAACAAGGAAUAUACAGAGGGUCAACUAUAGAAGAAGAAUCUCACAGAGAGUCAGUAGCAGAACAAGGGCCACACAGAGGGUCGAUUGCAGAAGGAUCUCGCAGAGAGUCAGUAGCAGAACAAGGGCCACACAGAGGGUCGAUUGCAGAAGGAUCUCGCAGAGAGUCAGUAGCAGAACAAGGGCCACACAGAGGGUCGAUUGCAGAAGGAUCUCGCAGAGAGUCAGUAGCAGAACAAGGGCCACACAGAGGGUCGAUUGCAGAAGGAUCUCGCAGAGAGUCAGUAGUAGAAGAAGGACCAUAUAGAGGGUCAAUUGCAGAAGAAGGACCUCGCAGAGGGUCAGUAACACAAAAAGGAUCACAAAGAGGGUCAGUUGUAGAAGAUGGAUCUCGCAGAGAGUCACUAUCACAAAAAGGAUCACGCAGAGGGUCACGCAGAGAGUCAAUAACAGCAGAAACAUAUAAAGGGUCAACUGAAGAACAAGAACCACCCAGAGAGACAAUUCCAGAGGAACAGGACAUGGACUCAACUUCACAAUCAAAGGAAGAUAGAAUCUUAACAGAAAGUGAAAAAUCUAGGGAGCCUAUUCCCUUUGAGCACAUUGAAAUCCCACCACAGGAAAAGAAGACUGAGGAGCAAAUAUGUAAAGAGCAACUAUUCACACUUUCUGAACUGCAAGAAGAAGAUCCAGUAUCAAGUAGAAAAGAUCAUCUUUCAGAAAAUACAGAAGAGAAAGUUCAGAAAGACAAAGCCUGUGAACCCAAGUCCCCCCAAAUAGAAGGAAAGUCAUGGUCAGGUGAACUUUUCACUUGUAACUGGAAGAAGUAUGCCAAAUGUGAAGAUGAGGAACAGGCAAACUUAAUCUAUGAUAACUCCAGGUUCACAGACUUACAUUCAAUUAUCAGAAAUAUUCAGGCUCACAAAGAAGUGAAAGGUAGGAGUGCCUUCAAUGGAGUUUCCUUCGAUCUGCUCCAGUUUGUGCAAGUCCUGGAGACAUUUGUUGGUGAAGAUGCCCCUCUGAGUGUCAGUGAGACUCUCAUCUCCUUUUUUAAGAAAGGCUAUGUUGAAACAGAAGAAGAGAAAAUGAGUGCCUUAGAAGGGGCUAGACAAAAAGCAUCCCAAGUUCAACAGAGACUUCUCCUAGAAGCCCUCUUCCAGAUGUGGGACAGUGAUGCCUCAGGUUUCCUGGAUCUGAAGGAAGUUGAUGAACUCUUAUAUGAAUACAAGGAAGGAAUGGAAAAAGAAUCUAUAGAGACAGCUAAACUGUUCAUCCAAUUUCCAAAGCCGCACCCUGGUGAUGAAGUAAGUUUGUCUUCAAAACAGUUUCAGAAAUACAUACAAUUGAUUGUAUCUGAACUCAACAGCAAUGAAGAUCACGCUCUGGAAAGCCUCGUGGAGUUUCUGAUGACUGCUGUAGAAAGGAGCCACAUCGAGAAUCUGAGAAAUAGUGCCAGACGGAAGUGGCUGCACCGCAUUCAACGGGCUGCAGAGACAAGUGGGGUGUCCGUGGAGCCAGUGUACACUGAGACCUUUAAGGCCCUCACACAGGAUGCUCAAGUUCAUGGAAAUAAGAAGAUCAGUGCCCACAUAUCCCUUUUAGAAGAAAACCAACUACUGCCUGAAAGAGGGACUGUUCUGUUAAGGAACACAGCUUGUACUUUAGAUGAUGCUCCAUUUGUAUUAAACAAAGUGCUCUACAGGGACAUGAAAGGAAUCAGCUUUACAGUUGUAGAUGAAGGGAAGCCAAUACACGUCCCCCAAGUUCAGCACCAUGGGAACAUUUUCUUCUGGAACCAUUCCCACCAGAAGACUGAUCAAAAUGGGUCCUUGCUCGCUCUGCCUCUUCAGGAUGCAUAUAGGAGGAUUUUUGGGGUCAUGGCUGUUGACACCCUAAGAGAUCCCCAGGAAAUAAACAUCUUCUUGCCUCAUGAGAUCAAAUUCUAUCAGGGUGUUGCCAAUGUCUUUAGUACUGCCUAUCACUACGUCCAUAGCCGGGAGCACAUCCUGCAUGUUGUGAUCACUGGUAUCAGUUGGCUCUACAAUAUUACACCUAGCAUUACCUCCGUCACUACAUACUUCAUUGAGCCUAGUCCACAGCAGGGUUCAGACUAUGUUUUACGCAAUAUGAUGGUCACAGGGCCCAUGGGUCUAACAGAAAUUCACAGAAAUCCCCCUACCAUCUUCAGGAAGACAUGCACCUUCAGAGAUUUCCUGUUUAGGUGUACAGACAGUUCAGAAGUUGUUUUGGCCUCUGCCUAUGGAGAAAACCACAUAGUCAUUCCACUUCGUGAGAGAACAGGAGAGGCUAUGGGAGCUCUUGAUUUUAACAUUGGCAGGAGUAAGAUGUUGUUCUAUCGAGAAUUUAAGGAUCUACAGAAAAUGAUGAAAGUGAUCCAAGCUGCCUGCUAUGAAAUACUGGGCGAAUUAUCUGGAGAAAUACAGAAAAAUCUUGUCUUAGAGAUUGAAAAUGCGGGAGAAGUCCAGCGGGCAGGAGUUCUCUUCUUCCGAAUCAUGCUGCAAGAGCUGCAGGAAAGCCUCCGGAUGCUUCCCUCCAUGCACUUCAUAUCUCUGCUGCUCUAUGAUUAUAAUCCUCUAGCAGAGCCAGAAUCUCUGUCAGACAGCCAGUCCCAGGAGGCAGAAGCCAACAUCAAACUAAUACAGGACAUCCUGACGGGGGUUAUCUUGUUCGUUGAUCCAGACCUGGAAUUAUCCAGCGACUUGGGAAACUGGGAUAAAUGUAAACUGCACAUUAACAGAUACUUAGUUGAGAAAAUUUGUGUCUUCGAUCCAACUACUAAGGAUGUGAAAGUUAAUUUAAAGCUCAUUGGUGAAUAUAUCAAAGAUCAUUCCCGCAUCGAAGUAUGGAAAUUUGGUAACAUCGUCAUCGAAUACCUAUACCACUGGUCACACAUCUGUUUAGCUCUCAUAGAGAUAAACCAAAAACUAAACGAUUCUGUUACACCUCCCUUCCCCUCCAAGACUGACUCCCGUGUGUAUGCAAAAAUGCCGGGUGGAAAUUGGCUAGGUAAAUGCUAGUGGAAUUGGUGCUGUAUUUGGGAUAUUUUUGUUAUGUUCAGUUUUGUUAACUAUAAAAUAUUUCCAACUGGAAAGGAGUGCCACAUAGACAUAUUCUGUCCCUAGAUACUUAACUCAGCACUUUCUAAAAACCACAAGUGCUACCUAAGGAGAAAUUUGAUCUAAAAAAUAUCCAG